AUGGCGUCACUUACGCCGCGGCACAGGUGGAUGGUGUCGCAAUUGGUUUCCUCUUUUGAUUUGACGGAAUUCGAACCGCUCGUUGAGGGCUACUUUAGAGACCAGUUUGCACCAAAAGUAGACCCCUUCCUAAAAGGAACUGCAGCUACACAGCACUUGGUCUUCUCCUACAAAGCCAGAAACACCCAGUCAGCUGCGCACUCAGACAUUCCAGGAAAACUCAUCUGCUCAGAAGGUGUUUCAGAGGAGCCAGACAGCAAGCAUGUGUACUUCAUUCGAACGGUUCCUUUCGGGAAAUCGUUGAAUCUGAACACAGCAGCAGACGCCGAGCUCCUCUUCGGUGAACUUCCAGAUAUGGCUCUCCAGGGCCUCCACACCACAUUAUCCAGCAUCUUCCUUCCUGCAGUUGAGCACUUCGAUAACUCUGACUGGAAGAAGUGUCCUCAAGAACAGCGCAGCGAGCUUCUUUCGUGUACUCGCACUUUCUGCAAGGAGUUGGGAGAGGCAAUUGACUCCCUUGCUCAUGGCAUUCAGCUGAGGAGGCCGGAUCCGAGGUUCUCUUUAGCUGAGAUGAGAAGGGAUUACACAGCAGCUGCCAAGGACCCCGAUGUGGUGGAACACUUUGAGGAACUCCUAGAUGAUUGGUGCCGGCAGAUUGAGAAAUACCUGGAAACUUCACUGGAUAAAGGAGUUUCACCCAAGUCGCGCCAAGCUGUGUUCCACACGCUUAGACGCUGCAAACAGCUCGACGUCGCCAUUACAGAGGCAUUCAACGAGGCUAAGGACAAUGUGAAGUAUUUGACAACGCUGGAGAGAUUCGUAGAUCCUCUUUAUUCUGGUACCACUCGAACCCCCGCAAGUAUUCUUGAAAGUCUUAGCCCACUGAUGAACGCAAUAACUAUGAUCUACUCUAUUUCCCGGUAUUACAACACAACUGAACGUAUGGUUGCCUUCUUUGCAAAGAUAACGAAACAGAUGAUAGCGAAUUGUCGGUCAUGGCUGAUGAGCGGCCAGCACCACGAGGCCCUAUGGGAGCGAGAGCCUACAGUUAUCAUCCCAAUGCUGGAAUACUGCUUAACGCUAAACAACGAGUACCAUGAACAGUACCGGGCUACGAGGGAAAGUCUUGUGGCGAUCCCAAAAGGAAAGCAGCUCGACUUGUCUGAACAAGAAAUCUUCAGCAGGAUGGAUCUCUUCUGCAGGAGGCUCCAGAAGCUGAUAACGAUGUACUCAACCGUUCAGCAGUUCAAGAACAUUGGUGAGCAGCGAUUUGAAGGGAUGGAUGUAUUCGUAGACCGGUUCAAGUCGAUUUUCAAUGACUUUAAAGUCAAACGCCACGACCUCCUAGACUUCUACAACAACCGCUUUGACCGCGACUUUGUGGAGUUCUCCGUUCGGAUUUCGGACCUGGAGAGCGAUAUGCUACCUCAGAUAAACAUGAUAUUCGAGACGACGUCAUCAAUCGACGAGUCACUGAGGUUGCUCCAAAAGCUGCAAGAAACAGUCUACAGCGAAAGCCUUAAGGCAGAGUUAAAGGGCAAAAUCAGCCUGAUUAUCCACCGCUACAGCGUUGAACUCGUUCAGAUUCAAGAAGAAUACGAACGGCGCAGGGCUAACCCACCGGCGAGCAAAGACAUGCCCCCCAUUCCUAACAGUAUUAUUUGGGCUCGGGACCUGUUGAAGAAGAUUGAGGACCCCAUGAAACAGUUCCAGAUGUACCCAUCUGCUCUAGCAACAAAGGAGGGAAAGCGCACAAUCAAACUGUACAACAGAGUGGCUGAGACACUAGUCGAAUAUGAACUGAGGUGGCACCAAGCUUGGACCGAGUCCGUUCAAUCCACUGCGGAUUGCUUGAACAGCACCCUACUCGUGAGGAACCCCAGUACUGGAAAGCUGUCGAUUAACUUUGACGGUGAUAUCGCGCGGUUAAUUCGUGAGGCGAAGAUCAUGGAAAGGAUGGACAUGGAGAUACCGGACAGCGGCCGGAUAGUGUUCCUUAGGGAGAAAAAGUUGAAGUGGUGCUACGACGAACUAAAGUUCAUUCUCGAUGAAUACCAAAGGGUGUCUUCGGCAAUUCGUCCGGUAACUGCAGGACUCUUACAAAGCCAUCUUGACAAUUUUGAGAAACAGCUUGAUCCAGGACUUAAUAGUUUAACAUGGGCAUCUCUAAACAUUGAAAGCUUCUUGCAGUCUGCAACGAGUGCGUUGGAGAAGCUGGACCUGCUAGUUGUGACAGUUAAUGACAUUGUCGAGAACAGGAUUGAGAACAACAUCAAGUCUUUGGGUGGAACUCUCCUAGUCGAUCUGCCGGCCCCAGGGGAAGUAAUAUCCCUUAAUCGCUUCGUCGAGAUGCAAGAGCAUCACGUUGCCAAGUCUGCGGAGCUCCUCAAUGCUCGCUCUCUGGAAAUCGAGAACGCCGUUAGAGACUUGCUUGAAGUUAUUAGCAAGCAGGCGUCGGAGCAGAAAAGCGUUCCCGCUGGCUUUAUGGAGGAAGCUGAUAAAAUUAAAUCGCAAUACGAAUGGAAUCUGUACAAAGCCAUUUUGCUUGCCACACGAAGAUCAUUUGACUUUCUAAGGCGCCAGAUGUACUCGGCGCCACAGGAUUCGGGGGCCUCUGACUGUCCAGUAAACGCCAUCUUUGAAGUUGACAUUCAACUAGACGGCACUGGGGUGCGGCUUCACCCAUCUAUUGAUGAGUUUCAGGAAGCCAUAAACCGCGCGGCGGUGGCUAUUCUCAACUGUUCAAAGUGCAUUCGGCAAUGGGGUACCCAAGAGAGGGGAGAUGGAGAAGAUACUCCCGUUUCGCCCCGGGCUAAUGGCUUUAGUUCGCGUAUUAAAGAUGAAAGGGAUAUCCAGAAGGUCCUGCUGGGAUUCUUCGGAUCUAUUCAAAACAUUCGAGACGAGGUGGCCAAGUAUUUUGUCAAAUUUGAUGUAUUCAAAUGGCUGUGGAUGGAGCCUUGCAAGGACAACUACGUGGCAUUUGCAAAACAGAAUCCGUCAUUGGAAGACUUCGAAAAGAAAUUAAAGAGUUUUCAAGAAGUCGAGACUCGGCUACUUUCAAUGGAACAAGCGAAGCCCAUUGGAAUGCUUCUGAUAAACAGUUCGGCUUUGUACCCUCAGUUGAUAGAGCUAGGUCGCCGAUGGAACAUUUAUUACCUCGGCAAGUUGCACGUCACUGCAAAGGAACGUUUAGAAGCACUAACGGAACAAAUACGGCAGGGAUACAAGGGCCUCCACCGUCCAGUGACUGAUAUAGAUGCAUUACGGCACGUUAUGGAUACACUCACAUCGAUAACCCAACAAGAAUCGGACAUAGAGGCGCAAUUCGAGCCCGUCUUUACGAUGUACAGUAUGAUUGACCGCUACCUGCCUAGCAAUGUGACUCUCAUCGACAAGGAUGAACAAGAUCAGAGGCUGCUUCUGCGUUCCUCAUGGUCGAAGCUGAUCGACGAGGCGCAGGAAGCCCAGGCGAACCUGCAGAAGAUGCAGUCGACAUACAAGCGGGAACUCAUUCUUAACAUUAAUACGCUGAAGGCUGAUUCUAAGCAGUUCCGAGAGGACUUUGUCAAAAAUGGACCGGCUUGUCCUGGAAUAAUGCCUAGGGAGGCCGUGGAACGAGUGAAACGGUUCAAGGCAGAAUGCGAUGUUCGAGCUCGCAAGCAGGAGAUCUACCAUGCAGGAGAGGAACUGUUUGGCUUCCCUCACCAGGCCUACCCAGAGCUCGAACAAACAAAGAAAGAGCUGGCGAACUUGAGCCUGUUAUACGACAUUUACGUUCAAGUAGUAGACACUAUUAAAGAAUGGAAGGAUAUUUUGUGGGCAGAAGCUCCUCCUCAAAUUCCUUCCAUGACUGAGAGAAUCCAGUUCUUUUCGGAUGCCUGCAAAAAGUUGCCCAAGCAGCUCAAGACGUCAGAUGCCUUCGCUGAACUCAAAAAAGAAAUCGACGAUUUCACAGAGGUUCUUCCACUAUUAAAAGAGCUGAGCAAGCCUUCUAUCGUGGCCCGCCACUGGAAGCAGGUUGAGGAAAUUACUGGAAAAUCUCUUGGCAUUGACAAUGAAAUGACACGUUUGCAGGCCCUACUCGAUGCAGACUUACUUCAGUAUAAGGAUGACAUAUUUGACAUUUGCGAGUCUGCCGAUAAGCAACUGGUCAUCGAAGGCAAAUUAAAAGAUAUUGAAAACAUGUGGAAAACGUGCAUGUUUGAAUUUGGCAAGUGGAAAACUCGCCUACGCUGGCCUGCAGACACGAUUGAAAGUUGGACGAAGGUACAGGUUCUCUGGACAUCGCUCGAGCCUGUCUUCACUGGAGGCGACAUCGCAAAGCAGAUGCCAGGAGAGGCAAAACGGUUCCACGCCAUUGAUAAAGAUUGGGUAAGCCAUUUCCAAACUGCACCGGCAAAAGUGUGUGGGGCGGAGAGCUGUCAAAAAUCACUAGAGUCUUACUUGGAAGGCAAAAGGAAUAAGUUCCCGAGGUUUUACUUCGUUUCCAAUCCAGUUCUCCUUAAAAUCCUUUCCCAGGGAUCUGACGCAGAAACGGUCCAGGAUGACUUGGAGAAACUGUUUGAUGCAAUUUCUAGAGUGGAAUUUGACAAAGCAGAUCGGAAAAAAAUUACAGCCAUAAAGGCUGUGGCUGGGUCGGCUGAAGAAGUUGUCCCUCUUAGCGCUCCUGUCAAAGUGGAAGGGAACAUAGAGGACUGGCUGCGCUCGCUAGAGUCUCAAAUGCAAAAAUCAAUUAGAAGAGAAUGCAAAUAUGCUGCACACGAAUCGGGGUCUAUCUACAGCCAAAUGACGCUGCGGGAGUUCUGCGACAAAUAUAUCGCCCAGGUUUGCUUCGGCUCUCUCCGGUUCAUGGUUUCACUGCUCGGACUUCAGAUGAUAUGGACAGCCGAUUGUCAGGAAGCUCUUGAUAAGAUAUCUAGGGAGCGCGACAGAACAAUAAUGGCACAGACAAACAAGGUGUUUGCCACUAUGAUGGCAGACCUAGUGCAGUGCUGUCUCUCCGACCUCGGGACCAGGCUCAACCGCACGAAAUACGAAACGCUUGUUACUAUUCACGUGCACCAGCGCGAUGUAUUUGCGGAGUUGUGGAAGAAAGUAAAGGAGCACCGGCUCAAGGACUCAAGUGACUUCGAAUGGCUUAAGCAAACUCGUCUGUACUGGAACAAUGAUGCAGAAAGUGCAUUGAUUUCUAUUGCGGACGUAGAAUUUUCGUACUGUUAUGAGUAUCUUGGGGUAAAGGAGCGCUUGGCCAUCACUCCGCUGACUGAUAGGCGAGUCUGGGCACGAUAG